UCUGAGGCCCCUCUCACAACACACACAUACUACAGAUAGUGAGGAAGUGUGAAGAAGGAGAGAUAGGGUUUGAGCAUGCCCGCGUAUUCAACCAACAUGAGGCUGAAGUUUCCAGUUGUGGCCUUGUUGCUGGAGAUCAUCACCAUCGUAGUGUAUGCUGUGUUUGUGGUGUACGAUGAUGGAAAGGGCCAACAUUCAUCUCAUCAGGAGACUGAAAAUAAAACCCAUGAGGGAAGCCCAGUGAGCCUCUACCCUAUGUUUCAGGAUGUGCAUGUGAUGAUCUUCAUCGGUUUUGGUUUCCUCAUGACCUUCCUGAAGCGGUACGGCUUCAGCAGUGUGGGCAUCAACUUGCUGCUCGCUGCCUUUGGACUUCAGUGGGGUUUACUGAUGCAGAAUAUCUGGCACCUGAAAGAUGGAAAAAUUAAGGUUUCAAUCCUUAGCAUGAUUAAUGCAGAUUUCAGCACAGCGACGGUGCUCAUUUCAUUUGGUGCAGUUUUGGGGAAGACAAGCCCAGUGCAGCUGCUCAUCAUGACCCUGCUGGAAAUCACCACAUUCUGCAUUAAUGAACACAUUAUUGCUACAUUCCUGAACGCAUCUGAUAUUGGUGCUUCCAUGACCAUCCAUGCUUUUGGAGCUUACUUUGGUCUUGCUGUUACUCGUAUACUUUAUCGCCCAGGACUUCAUGAAGGCCACAACAAUGAGGGAUCUGUUUAUCACUCUGAUCUGUUUGCAAUGAUUGGUACUGUGUAUCUGUGGAUGUUCUGGCCAAGUUUUAACUCUGCUAUUGCCGACCCUGGACCUCCACAGCUCACUGCCAUCAUUAAUACUUAUUUCUCUCUGGCUGCCUGUGCGCUUGCUGCCUAUGCUACCUCCAGCCUGGUAGAGGAGAAAGGCAAACUAGAUAUGGUUCACAUACAGAAUGCAACCCUGGCUGGUGGAGUUGCCGUGGGAACGUGUGCUGAUAUGGCCAUUGCACCGUUUGGAGCCAUGCUGAUCGGCGUCAUUGCUGGAAUCAUCUCUACUCUCGGCUUCAAAUUCCUCACCCCCAUCCUUGCAUCAAGCUUGGGAAUUCAGGAUACAUGUGGAGUGCAUAACCUUCAUGGCAUGCCUGGGAUUUUGGGUGGUCUAGCUGGGAUUGUAGCAGCAGCACUGGGCAAAAAAGAAAAAAUUAGUCCUGGUCAUCAGGCUGCUGCUUUAGCUUCAUCUCUUGGUUUCGCCUUGGUUGGAGGAACCACCACAGGUUUUUUACUAAAGCUGCAAAUCUGGGGACAGCCACCUGAUCAGAACUGCUUUGACGACUCUCUCUAUUGGGAGGUACCUGAGGAUGAGGAGGUCGGAGAAAGUCUUACUCAUGCUGAUCACUCUAAGAACAAAGCAGAGGCUUAAAACUCUGACUUGGAGCUCUUCAUGCAUAACUCAAAUCCAAAAUCCAAAAUCAACUCAGGGAACUUGAACAAUAUUAGUUAUUUGAAACAGCUCGAACAAGUCCUAAUCUCCAAAGCAGUUUACAAUCUCGUCUAUGUGUACAAGGACAUUUUAGAAUAUUUCCCCAUAUUACUGGGAAUCAAAUGACUAGGCAACCCAUUGAAACACUGAUGAUCUAUACCAGACUGUCUCUAAUUGGUAAACACAUCAACAUCAAUUGGAGCUUGGUUACAUCAACUCUGGUCAACUUUCUAAAUAAAUGAUUGAGUAUGCUUUCAUGACUGUCAUGGAUUGAUGCCUGUUGUCCAUCAACAAACUGUCAGGAAUGUAAUAACUAAAGGUCCAUUUUUGAUGGAUACCAAAAUGUCCUUGUGCACAUCACCUAAUCAGAACUCAAUCUCAGAACUGGGCAGUUGACGAUUAAGAAUUUUGCUCAUGAGUCCGACCAUGGAUCUUUUGAGAUCCCAGGAUUUGAGCUAGUCACUAGUGCAGAACUCUAACAAAUGAGCAACGACUGUUCAGUCAUUAACACAUACACACAUCUGUCCUUGCAUUCUUUCACUAUACAUUGCCUUGCAAAAGUAUUCAUCCCCCUUGAUGUUUGUCUUGUUUUGUUGCAUUACAAGC